GCACCCUUUGUUAUCCCCACCGAUUGUCGUCAGCGCCCAACGCAAGCGCGGACAACUACGAUUCCAAGUUUCCAUAUACUAGCCAGCGGCGAAAUCUGAUCUCGAGUCUACAAGACCCUUCAACGAUAUACUCCAUCGCGGUACCUGCCCUCGUCGACUCCCCGCCUAAUACAUUACUUGAACCUUCCGUUUUUCAGAACUUGCCCCUCAUCCGCUUGCUGUUGAGACCCUAGUGGACAUGCAGCCCAUGCUCCUGCACCACUGCGACUGCACUCACGACACGCCCAUCUCAUUCAGUCCUUACGCCUUUUCCCAGAACAUUUCCUGCGCAAAUUGCGGCACAAUCUCUACGGGCAUCAACGUUCAGGGGAAAGCAGCAGAAGACGCAAACAUGCAACAAGAUGAGCUUACUCGGCUGUUCUCAGCCAACAUGAACUUGUCUCAAAACACCCCACAACCCAUGCAACCACAGAUGCAACAAGAACAACCAGUGCAACAACAGCAACAGCAAGAAGAGGCUCCCAAGCAGAUCGUCUACGCUUCUCAACACUACACUCACUCAUACCAUAUACCUACCCGCAGUACCUCCGAACCAGCCUUGAAGACACACAUCGAAUCUUCGGACCUCGCCGCCGUACUGUUGAGGAACAGCAUUGACCCUUCUCUUCUAUUCCCUUCCCAGAUUGAUCUCUUCCAGAAUGCAGACGACGAUCAGCGGCUACGUCUCCUCGAGCUCUGGCGUAUAUCUCCUCCAUCAGGGCGUCAAGGACAUCCGGCAGGCGUGGAUUACAACAUGUCCCGGCAGCUUUACGAUUGGCCACCCACCAGUCUCGCACAGGAGGAAGCCAUGGCUAAGCUGAGAUAUGAGAGGCAACAGGCGGAGUCCGCCCAGCAAGAGGCUAUCCAGCAACACCAGCAGCAGUUGGAUCAGAGCAUGGCGGCAGCAAGCGCUGAACCAUACAUGGCAUCAGGCUACGAGAUGAUGGCUAGGCGCGAGUAUGAAGAUUCAUGCAGAGGCGAGAAUGCGUUGAAGGAGUCGAACAAGUACAACCAGGCCACCGAUCCAGUCUACAACAACACUAGCAGCAACGGCCUCUGGCAGAAGAACGUGGGCAGCGUAGCGGAUAUGGAGAACACUUACGGAGCAUAUGCAUAUGCGCGAGAAUACGGCCUGCAGGGUGGUUAUGGCGACGAGGAAAUGGUCAUGUGAGGCAUCGUCUCGUUAUGCUGGGCUCCUCCAAGGAUAGCCCAGGAGGGAUCAUUAUACGUGUGGAUGCAUUUGUGCAUAUC